GGGAGGGAGGGAGGAGGAGGAGGAGGAGGAAAAAUAAAGAGGAGAGAACGGAGCAGGGCUGAACAAUAGAGACAGGCAGACGGGAGAGAAGGAGGACCAGCUGCUGCUGCUGGAGAAGCAGAGCCGGAGGCUGAGGCAUCUUAGACCCCUGUCCCCGAGCCAGAGAGGAGGCGAGCAGCCCGGCGGAGGGAACGGGCUACCAUGGGGGAGCCGGCAGAAGGCUCCCCCAGCCCUCCCCGAGCCUCUGCUUGAAGCUGGGCAUCAUCUCCUCCGGCCCCGCUGCCCCCAUCCCGCGCUUGCCCGCCUGCCCUCGAAACCCCAAUUCAUUAGGAUCUGAUCUCCUCGGCUUCUGGGCACCGGGUCUCUGCCGCCCUCGCCCCUGCCCCUGCCCCCACGGAGGAGACGAGACGCCGGCCCUCCGUUUCACCUCCCGGGGGCUGCCCGCAGAGCCCCCUCCCCAGUCAUGAACCCCCCGGAGGGGGCAGCGGAGGAAGGAGGAGCCGCCGACUCGGACGUGGAUGCGUUUUUCCGGACAGCAAGGAGAAUGAUCUGCAGACUGAAAAGGGUAAAACAAACCAUGUGAAAAAGGAAAUUGAAGCCCAAGAUAGGUGAGGAAAUAGAGAGCACCUAGCUGCUUUAAGUGAGCCUCUGGGUCCAGAUGAAUUGCAUCCCGGAUGUCGAAGGAACUUACAGAUGUGAUCUCAGAGCCACUGUCAGUAAUCUUUGAGAAGUCAUGGAGAGUGGGAGAGGUCCCAGAAGACUGGAGACAGGCAAAAGUUAUCCAGAUAUUCCAAAAGGGGAAAAGGAUGGAUUCUGGAUACUACUACAGACUGGUUCUUUUCGAAAUGAUGGUUUGAAAGCUGCUGAUGUCCUCCCUAUCCUAAAGGAAAAAGUGGCCUUUGUGUCAGGUGGCCGAGAUAAGCGAGGUGGACCCAUUCUGACUUUCCCUGCACGGAGCAAUCAUGACAGAAUAAGGCAGGAAGACCUGCGGAAACUUGUGACUUAUUUGGCUAGUGUGCCAAGUGAGGACGUGUGCAAGCGUGGCUUUACUGUUAUCAUCGACAUGAGGGGCUCCAAGUGGGACCUCAUCAAGCCCCUGCUGAAGACACUGCAGGAGGCCUUCCCUGCUGAGAUCCAUGUGGCCCUUAUCAUCAAACCCGACAACUUCUGGCAGAAGCAGAAAACCAACUUUGGCAGCUCCAAAUUCAUCUUUGAGACAAGCAUGGUGUCAGUGGAAGGCCUGGCUAAGCUGGUGGACCCCUCGCAGCUGACAGAGGAAUUUGAAGGCUCCCUAGACUACAACCAUGACGAGUGGAUAGAGCUCCGGGUCUCCCUGGAGGAGUUCUUCAACAGUGCUGUUCAUCUGCUCUCCCGGCUCGAGGACCUUCAGGAGAUGUUGGCCCGCAAGGAGUUCCCGGUGGAUGUGGAAGGCUCCCGGCGGCUCAUUGAUGAGCACACGCAGCUCAAGAAGAAGGUUCUGAAGGCCCCGGUGGAGGAGUUGGACAGGGAAGGGCAGCGGCUGCUUCAGUGCAUUCGCUGCAGCGAUGGCUUCUCCGGACGCAACUGCAUCCCAGGCAGUGCCGACUUCCAGAGCCUCGUCCCCAAGAUCACCAGCCUCCUGGACAAAUUGCACUCGACCCGGCAACACCUGCACCAGAUGUGGCACGUACGCAAACUCAAACUGGACCAGUGCUUCCAGCUACGGCUCUUUGAGCAAGAUGCUGAGAAGAUGUUCGACUGGAUCAGCCAUAACAAAGAGUUAUUCCUCCAGAGUCACACGGAGAUUGGAGUCAGCUACCAACAUGCCUUGGACCUACAGACUCAGCAUAAUCAUUUUGCUAUGAACUCCAUGAACGCCUAUGUGAACAUCAACCGCAUCAUGUCUGUGGCCUCCCGACUGUCGGAAGCAGGUCAUUAUGCUUCCCAGCAAAUCAAACAGAUCUCCACCCAAUUGGACCAGGAAUGGAAGAGCUUUGCAGCCGCCCUAGAUGAGCGAAGCACCAUCCUGGCCAUGUCUGCCGUUUUCCACCAGAAAGCCGAGCAGUUCCUGUCAGGAGUGGAUGCCUGGUGCAAGAUGUGCAGUGAAGGUGGCCUCCCAUCUGAAACACAGGACUUAGAACUGGCCAUCCAUCACCACCAGUCUUUGUAUGAGCAGGUGACACAGGCCUACACCGAGGUCAGCCAGGAUGGCAAAGCCUUGCUGGAUGUCCUACAGCGGCCCCUGAGUCCUGGCAACUCGGAGUCCCUCACGGCCACUGCCAAUUACUCCAAAGCUGUGCACCAGGUCCUGGAUGUCGUGCACGAGGUGUUGCACCACCAGCGAAGGCUCGAGAGCAUCUGGCAGCACCGGAAGGUCCGCCUCCACCAACGGCUGCAGCUCUGCGUCUUCCAGCAGGACGUGCAGCAGGUGUUGGACUGGAUCGAAAACCAUGGUGAGGCCUUUCUCAGCAAACACACAGGUGUUGGGAAGUCUCUGCAUCGAGCCCGGGCCCUGCAGAAGAGACAUGAUGACUUUGAAGAAGUGGCUCAGAAUACAUACACCAAUGCAGACAAGCUCCUAGAGGCAGCCGAGCAGUUGGCGCAGACCGGGGAAUGUGACCCCGAGGAGAUCUACAAGGCAGCUCGGCACCUGGAAGUCCGAAUCCAAGAUUUCGUGCGCCGGGUGGAGCAGCGGAAGCUUCUCUUGGACAUGUCUGUCUCCUUUCACACGCACACCAAAGAGUUGUGGACAUGGAUGGAGGACCUGCAGAAGGAGCUGCUAGAAGAUGUGUGUGCCGACUCAGUGGACGCUGUCCAGGAGCUGAUCAAGCAGUUCCAGCAGCAGCAGACGGCCACUCUGGAUGCCACGCUCAAUGUCAUCAAGGAAGGAGAAGAUCUCAUUCAGCAACUCAGGGACUCGGCGGUGUCCAGCAACAAGACGCCUCAUAAUAGCUCCAUCAGCCACAUCGAAUCGGUCCUGCAGCAGCUCGAUGAAGCCCAAGUGCAGAUGGAGGAGCUUUUCCACGAGCGUAAAAUCAAGCUAGACAUCUUCCUCCAGCUCCGGAUCUUUGAGCAAUACACCAUUGAGGUGACAGCAGAGUUGGACGCCUGGAAUGAGGACCUGCUGAGACAAAUGAAUGACUUCAACACCGAGGACCUGACCCUGGCAGAACAGCGGUUACAGCGUCACACGGAGAGGAAGCUGGCCAUGAACAACAUGACCUUUGAAGUCAUCCAGCAGGGCCAGGAUCUGCACCAGUACAUUAUGGAGGUCCAAGCCUCAGGUAUCGAGUUAAUCUGCGAGAAGGACAUUGAUCUCGCAGCCCAAGUACAAGAGCUCCUGGAGUUUCUCCACGAGAAGCAACACGAAUUGGAGCUUAACGCAGACCAGACCCACAAGCGUUUGGAGCAAUGCCUGCAGCUCCGGCACCUCCAGGCUGAGGUCAAACAGGUCCUAGGCUGGAUCCGCAACGGGGAGUCGAUGCUCAAUGCCAGCUUGGUCAACGCCAGUUCUUUGUCAGAAGCUGAGCAGCUUCAGCGGGAACAUGAACAGUUCCAGCUAGCCAUCGAGUCCCUCUUUCAUGCAACUUCCUUGCAGAAGACGCACCAGAGCGCUCUGCAGGUACAGCAGAAGGCAGAGGUGUUGCUCCAGGCUGGGCACUACGAUGCUGACGCCAUCCGGGAAUGUGCCGAGAAGGUGGCAAUGCACUGGCAGCAGCUGAUGCUGAAGAUGGAAGACAGGCUCAAGCUGGUCAAUGCCUCUGUGGCCUUUUACAAAACAUCCGAGCAGGUAUGCAGUGUCCUGGAGAGCCUCGAGCAGGAAUACCGGAGAGAUGAGGACUGGUGCGGUGGACGGGAUAAACUGGGGCCAGCAGCAGAGAUCGACCAUGUCAUUCCACUCAUCAGCAAACACCUGGAACAAAAAGAGGCUUUCCUCAAGGCAUGCACACUUGCCCGCAGAAACGCUGAAGUGUUUCUGAAGUACAUUCACAGGAACAACGUCAGCAUGCCCAGUGUGGCCAGCCAUACCCGGGGACCUGAGCAACAAGUGAAAGCCAUCCUAAGCGAGCUUCUCCAGAGGGAGAACCGAGUGCUGCAUUUCUGGACCCUGAAGAAGCGGCGCUUAGACCAGUGCCAGCAGUACGUGGUUUUUGAGCGCAGCGCCAAGCAGGCACUCGACUGGAUCCAAGAGACUGGCGAAUAUUUCCUCUCAACACACAACUCCACUGGGGAAUCCACAGAGGAGACUCAGGAACUGCUGAAAGAGUAUGGGGAAUUCAGGGUGCCAGCCAAGCAAACAAAGGAAAAAGUGAAACUGCUGAUUCAGCUGGCCGACAGCUUUGUUGAGAAGGGCCACAUCCAUGCCACUGAGAUCAGGAAGUGGGUGACUACAGUUGACAAGCACUAUAGGGAUUUCUCCCUAAGGAUGGGGAAGUACCGCUGUUCACUGGAGAAAGCCCUGGGAGUCAACACCGAGGAUAACAAAGACCUGGAGCUGGACAUCAUCCCAGCAAGCCUCUCAGACCGGGAGGUCAAACUACGGGAUGCCAACCACGAGGUCAACGAAGAGAAGCGGAAAUCAGCCCGGAAGAAAGAAUUCAUCAUGGCAGAACUCCUCCAGACAGAAAAGGCGUAUGUAAGAGAUUUACAUGAGUGCUUAGAGACGUACCUGUGGGAAAUGACAAGUGGUGUGGAGGAAAUCCCCGCUGGGAUUCUCAACAAAGAACACAUCAUCUUUGGCAACAUCCAGGAGAUCUACGAUUUUCAUAACAACAUCUUCCUCAAAGAACUGGAGAAGUAUGAACAGUUGCCCGAGGAUGUGGGACACUGCUUUGUCACCUGGGCAGACAAAUUCCAGAUGUAUGUCACCUACUGUAAAAACAAGCCUGAUUCCAGUCAGUUGAUCCUGGAGCAUGCAGGCACCUUCUUUGAUGAAAUCCAGCAGCGGCAUGGACUAGCCAACUCUAUCUCUUCCUACUUAAUCAAGCCCGUCCAGAGGAUCACUAAGUACCAACUGCUCCUGAAGGAACUUUUAACCUGCUGUGAAGAAGGGAAAGGGGAGCUCAAGGAUGGCCUGGAAGUGAUGCUCAGCGUUCCAAAGAAAGCUAAUGAUGCCAUGCAUGUCAGCAUGUUGGAAGGGUUUGAUGAAAACCUGGAUGUCCAGGGGGAGCUGAUUCUCCAGGAUGCCUUCCAAGUAUGGGAUCCCAAGUCUCUGAUCCGGAAGGGACGGGAAAGACAUUUGUUCCUCUUUGAGAUAUCUUUGGUGUUUAGCAAGGAAAUCAAAGACUCUUCAGGGCACACAAAAUAUGUUUACAAGAACAAACUACUGACCUCAGAACUGGGUGUGACCGAGCACGUGGAAGGCGAUCCCUGUAAAUUUGCCUUGUGGUCCGGGCGCACACCUUCCUCGGACAACAAAACUGUAUUGAAGGCCUCCAGUAUCGAAACCAAGCAGGAGUGGAUCAAGAACAUCCGAGAGGUGAUUCAGGAAAGGAUCAUUCAUCUGAAGGGUGCUUUAAAAGAGCCGAUACAACUCCCUAAGACACCAGCCAAACAGAGGAACAAUAGUAAGAGGGAUGGAGUAGAUGAUAUUGACAGCCAAGGGGAUGGGAGCAGCCAACCAGACACCAUCUCCAUCGCUUCCAGAACCUCUCAGAACACAGUCGACAGUGACAAGCUCUCUGGAGGAUGUGAGCUGACCGUGGUGCUCCAGGACUUCAAUGCUGGCCACAGCAGUGAGUUGACCAUUCAAGUGGGACAGACAGUAGAGCUACUGGAGAGACCCAGUGAACGACCUGGUUGGUGUCUGGUCCGAACCACAGAACGAAGCCCCCCACAGGAGGGUCUGGUCCCCAGCAGUGCACUCUGCAUAUCCCAUUCCCGAAGUAGUGUGGAGAUGGACUGCUUCUUCCCCUUGGUGAAAGAUGCUUACUCGGUCUCUUCCGGUGAAAAUGGAGGCAAGUCAGAGUCUGUGGCCAAUCUCCAACCUCAGUCUUCCUUAAACUCCAUCCAGAGCUCUCCAGGCCCCAAACGUUCCACCAACACCCUCAAGAAAUGGCUGACCAGUCCCGUGCGCAGGCUCAACAGCGGCAAAGCUGAGAGCAACAUCAAAAAGCAAAAGAAAGUACGAGAUGGUCGGAAGAGUUUCGAUCUGGGAUCCCCCAAGACUGGCGAUGAAACCACCCCACAGGGCGACAGUGCUGAUGAGAAGAGCAAGAAAGGUUGGGGCGAGGAUGAGCCAGAUGAAGAGUCCCACACACCACUUCCUCCUCCAAUGAAAAUCUUUGACAAUGACCCCACGCAGGAUGAAAUGUCUUCCUCUUUGCUAGCAGCCCGGCAGGGCUCUGCUGAUGUACCCACUGCUGCGGACCUUGUCAGUGCAAUAGAAAAAUUGGUCAAAAGUAAACUGAGCCUAGAAGGAGGUUCUUACCGAGGAAGCUUGAAAGACCCCACAGGUUGUCUGAAUGAAGGGAUGACUCCACCUACACCACCCCGGAACCUGGAAGAGGAGCAGAAAGCCAAAGCCCUGAGGGGCAGAAUGUUUGUCCUGAAUGAGCUGGUUCAGACAGAGAAGGACUAUGUUAAGGACCUGGGAAUUGUGGUAGAGGGAUUCAUGAAGAGAAUAGAAGAAAAGGGUGUCCCUGAAGACAUGCGGGGGAAAGACAAGAUUGUGUUCGGCAACAUUCAUCAGAUUUACGACUGGCAUAAGGAUUUUUUCCUGGCUGAACUGGAAAAAUGUAUUCAGGAGCAGGACCGGCUGGCACAACUUUUUAUUAAACAUGAGCGGAAAUUGCACAUCUACGUGUGGUACUGUCAGAACAAACCACGGUCAGAAUACAUAGUCGCUGAAUAUGACGCCUACUUUGAAGAAGUGAAACAAGAAAUCAGCCAGAGGCUGACACUUAGUGACUUCCUCAUCAAGCCCAUUCAGAGAAUAACCAAGUACCAGCUGCUGCUCAAGGACUUCCUACGGUACAGUGAGAAGGCAGGUCUGGAGUGUGCAGAUAUUGAGAAAGCAGUAGAGUUAAUGUGCCUUGUUCCAAAACGCUGCAAUGACAUGAUGAACCUGGGACGCCUGCAGGGAUUUGAGGGCACCCUGACAGCGCAGGGAAAGCUGCUUCAGCAGGAUACCUUCUACGUGAUUGAGCAGGAUGCAGGUAUGCAGUCCCGGACCAAGGAGAGGCGUGUGUUCCUUUUUGAACAGAUCGUCAUCUUCAGUGAGCUUCUGAGGAAGGGUUCUCUCACACCAGGCUACAUGUUCAAAAGAAGCAUCAAGAUGAACUACCUUGUCCUGGAGGAGAAUGUGGACAAUGACCCCUGUAAGUUUGCCCUCAUGAGCCGGGAAACAUCAGAGAGGGUCGUUCUACAGGCAGCCAAUGCAGAUAUCCAACAAGCCUGGGUUCAGGACAUCAACCAAGUCUUGGAUACACAGCGAGAUUUCUUAAAUGCGCUACAGUCACCCAUUGAGUACCAGCGGAAAGAGCAGCGGAGCACGGCCGUCAUGAGGACCCAGCCUCCCCGCGUGCCCCAGGCCAGCCCCAGGCCCUACUCUGCUGUCUCUGUGGGGGCUGAAAAGCCCCCAAAGGGCUCCAGCCGUAACCCAUCACUGCCACCCCUGAAGAUAUCUACCUCCAAUGGCAGUCCAGGGUUUGACUACCACCAGCCCGGGGACAAGUAUGAGCCCAGCAAGAAUGACAUGGGAGGGUGCAAUGGGACUUCAUCUAUGGCAGUGAUCAAAGAUUACUACGCACUGAAGGAGAACGAGAUCUGCGUGAGCCAGGGUGAGGUGGUCCAGGUCCUCGCCGUCAACCAGCAGAACAUGUGCCUGGUCUACCAGCCCGCUAGCGAUCAUUCCCCUGCAGCCGAGGGCUGGGUCCCGGGCACCAUCCUGGCGCCCCUCACCAAAGCCACAGCUGCAGCAGAAAAUAGCGACGGGAGCAUCAAGAAGUCAUGUUCAUGGCAUACCCUACGCAUGAGAAAGCGGGCGGAAAUGGAGAGCACGGGUAAAAAUGAAGCCACAGGGCCUCGUAAAUCCAAGGAGAUUCUGGGCAGCAAAGUCUCAGUUAAAGUGAGUAAGGAGACGAACAGUUCCGAGGAGUCAGAGUGUGAUGAUCUUGACCCUAAUACUAGUAUGGAGAUCUUGAAUCCAAAUUUCAUUCAAGAAGUUGCCCCAGAAUUCCUUGUGCCCCUGAUGGAUGUGACCUGCUUACUGGGUGAUACUGUGACCCUGCAGUGCAAAGUGUGUGGGAGACCGAAGCCCAACAUUAUUUGGAAGGGCCCUGACCAGAACAUCCUGGACAGUGACAACAGCACAGCCACAUACACAGUCUCCUCCUGUGAUUCUGGUGAAAUCACACUGAAGAUCUGCAACUUGAUGCCCCAGGACAGUGGGAUUUAUACGUGUGUAGCAACAAAUGACCAUGGGACUGCAACAACAUCAGCUACAAUCAAAGUGCAAGGUGUUCCAGCAGCACCAAAUCGUCCCAUUGCCCAAGAAAGGAGCUGCACAUCAGUGAUUCUCCGAUGGCUGCCCCCAUCCAGCACAGGGAACUGCACUAUCUCUGGUUACACUGUGGAGUACAGGGAAGAAGGUUCCCAGGUCUGGCAGCAGUCUGUGGCUUCAACUUUGGAUACUUAUCUAGUCAUUGAAGACCUGAGCCCAGGAUGCCCUUACCAGUUCAGAGUCAGUGCCAGCAACCCCUGGGGGAUCAGCUUACCCAGUGAGCCCUCCGAGUUUGUGAGACUCCCAGAAUAUGAUGCUGCAGCUGAUGGUGCUACCAUUUCCUGGAAGGAAAAUUUUGACUUGGCUUACACGGAGCUGAAUGAAAUUGGAAGGGGACGGUUCUCCAUUGUGAAGAAGUGCAUUCACAAAGCUACCCGGAAAGAUGUUGCUGUGAAAUUCAUCAGCAAAAAAAUGAAGAAGAAGGAACAAGCAGCUCAUGAAGCUGCCCUUCUCCAGCACCUGCAGCAUCCACAGUAUGUCACGCUCCACGAUACCUACGAGUCGCCCACAUCUUACAUCUUGGUUUUGGAGCUGAUGGAUGAUGGCCGACUCUUGGACUAUCUUAUGAAUCAUGAUGAACUCAUGGAAGAAAAAGUUGCUUUCUACAUCCGAGAUACCAUGGAAGCCUUACAGUAUCUACACAAUUGCAGGGUUGCUCAUUUAGACAUCAAGCCGGAAAACCUGCUUAUUGAUUUACGGAUCCCAGUGCCUCGAGUGAAGCUCAUUGAUUUGGAGGAUGCUGUCCAGAUCUCAGGUCAUUUUCAUAUCCAUCACUUGCUGGGGAACCCAGAGUUUGCUGCCCCGGAGGUGAUCCAGGGCAUCCCUGUCUCCUUGGGCACAGACAUCUGGAGCAUCGGGGUCUUGACCUAUGUCAUGUUGAGUGGUGUUUCCCCCUUUCUGGAUGAGAGCAAGGAGGAGACAUGUAUCAAUGUAUGUAGGGUGGACUUCAGCUUCCCCCAUGAGUAUUUCUGUGGGGUCAGCAACACGGCAAGGGAUUUCAUCAACGUGAUGUUACAGGAAGACUUCCGGCGGAGGCCCACGGCGGCCACCUGCCUCCAACACCCCUGGCUGCAGCCCCAUAAUGGCAGCUACUCCAAAAUCCCCCUGGAUACCUCACGACUGGCCUGCUUUAUAGAACGCCGGAAGCACCAAAAUGAUGUUCGCCCAGUUCCCAAUGUCAAGAGCUUCAUUGUCAGUCGAAUGAACCAAGGAACAUAAGCCUGCUCCCGAGAUGCACAGUGUGAGCAAAAGCAAGGCAAUUUUGGGCUGUAAAUAGUUCUGUGUUAAACCAUUUGACUUCCUGAAGUUCCCCAGAUUGAUGUACCUCAUGCACCUUUUCCCAGUGGUUAUUUAGUGUCUAAACAACAGUAAAACCCACCUUGAAUCUACGAGUUUUCUGAUAGUCGGCUAGUUACCCUCUCUAUAAGGUUCUUCUGCAAAAGCAAGGAAUAAGCUAAGUAUUGGAUUUGUGGAAAACAGGAGGGCUGAGGGUGGGGAAGGGCCCGCAUGGCUACUUUCAGGUGGACUUAGGUCAAAAUGGAAAAUAACGAGUUCCAAGUGGAGUCUUAAGUGGAGUCAACUGAAGCUCAUUAGAGUGAGCUGGUACAGAACUGAAAAGGAUUCUCUUUUCGUUGAAAUCAUCAAAUAAUAGAGGCGGCCCGUCUGUCAAAUGCUCCAGUUUAGGUGUCUUAGAUAUAAUUUCUUAAUACAAAUAUAUGUGAACAUACAUUAGAAUAUAUCCCACCCAGGUUCCAGAGUUUUAUGAUGUAUGUGUAUAUAUGUAAUGUAAAAUAGAUAUAGCUUUAAAAUCAAUCACCAGUACCUUUCUGUGCUAGAGUUAAAACAGUUAUUUGUAGAAGCAGUAAGUCGUUUUGACUUAAGCACAAUUAGAUGAUGGAUUUUUAAAAAGUAUUUUAUAAAACCUUGUACAGAAAUCUUUUACCAAAAUCAGAGGAAUUGAUGUUUCCCUCUCCCCCCAGUAUCUAUAAGUUCAUGACUUUGCUUCCAGCUGAAGGUUUAUUCAAUGAACACUGAAUUGUGUCUAUCUGCUGUUUCACUGACAUCUCAAAAGUUAUCUGGUAGAGAAAUCUUCCAGAGAGCUUGGUGAGCAAUGGAACUGAAAAUGUACAUGUUCAUUCAAGGAUAAAGAGCAAAUCCAGGGGCCUAUUUUUAUGCCUCCAACUGACUUUGAAAUAGGUCCAUGAAUAUAAUAUGUUCAUUUGAUAUGGCCAUUAGAAACCUUUCUUACAGUUCUUAUCCAUGAGGAAGCAGAAGUUUUUAGUUUCUUCUACAGAGAUGCAUCAAACACUGGGAAGCUUCCCUUGUAUCCUUAUCGAUGCUAAUAGCAGUCUGCUAGGAGGAAGCAGCCAUAAUUCUUUCUUGGAAGGCCUGGGAGAAGCAAAAUUCCUAGGGAAAUGGGUGAGAAUGCUCUCUCUGUGUGGACUAACUACCCUUUUGGUUCCCGGAUUUCCAAAUGUUACCAGAACCAGUUUAUUUGGGGGGGGGGGGUAAUAGAGGGCACUCAUUCUGAGAAUCUGCCCUCUCCUGAGCAAAAAAUUCCCCUUAGCAUCAUGUAAAAAAAUCAGACUGGAGGACACCCAGGGAAAUAUUUAAAUUUGAAGUCAUGAAGCAAAGCCCCACAGAUCAUCCAAAGGGAACAUUGUUUUUCUAGGGGCUGCAAGGGAUGUUAACCCUUAGCUCCGAGCAUUUCUCUGAACUCCUAAAACCAAUUUGAGAGCUGAUGCAGCUCUCUAGACUAGAGUAUGCUCAGAACAAGGCUAUCUUACUAAUUGCCCUUUCUUCCAUAGGAGAAGCAAAAAAGUGCUAAAAUCUGAGUAUUUUUACUCUAACUUUAUAUGAGAUUUCACCCCAUACUUUCCAGGGUGUCUUUUAAAAUGUACAGUCACACAGCUGACAUUUUUAAGCCUAACUGAAUUAUCUGCCCAAAUAAGAUUUCCCAGCAUUCCUUCUCCCUUCCAGCAGGAAGGACUCAAAUCAUGCAGUACAGGGAAUGCAAGAAGAUCAUUUGGGAAUGGUUCCCUGGCAUCCAUCUGCAUGUUUGGGUGGGGAAAAAUAUUGAAAAUCAAACCUGAACUAAGAUAAUAUCCAGAUACCAUUCAUCUCACAGUGGAUAUGUAGAAUUAACAAUAAAUCACUGAAUGUUUUUCAGAGUAUUAAAAGAAAACUUCUUCAUCUACCCUUCCCUGUCUCCGCACUAUCCCUAAAACCUCCCAAGUUUAUGUAUUAAUAAAUUAGUAAGUACAAGCAAUAAGACUAGGUAGCACUUAGCUUUUUUGGGAUUAACCAAAUAUGUGUAAACCGACUCUGACUGUAUUUGUUUUCUAGUUUGUGAAUGGCCUUGGGUCACCAAUUCAGAUGCCUUGGAAACUAUUGACUUGCUCUAUAUAUACUCCAUUCAAACACAGACACCCACAAUUUGUGAUCUUUAAAAAAAAAUCAUCUAAAUUCCUAAGACCUCCAUAGAAAAACAUCAAUAGAAAAUAUAUGCUGGACCCUAGCCUAGGAUUUAUUUUGCAAAGGUGAGGGAGAAUAACUUCAUUGUAGCAUGCCAAGUAGGCAUCUGUAGGGUUGGAGAAUCAUUUACAUUUUCAAAAGAUGCCAUGCCAUUUGGUUUAUUUUUCUUUCCUUCCACCUAGAACAGAUGGUCAGAAGACCUCUCUUGAACAUCAACAUCAACAGAAAUUAUUGUGGCCAGACAAAAGAUAGCCUAGUAUUGGUUCUAAAAAAAAUGCAGAUUGGGUGUGAUGGCCAAAGAGUUGGAGUUAAGGAAGCAGUGGGAAGGAGGAGUGGUCAUUAGCAAUAUAAUCAGCUAUAGGAGAGGCAUCCAUAUUUUAUUAGCUUUGUGAUUGCCCUGGAGUGAAGUUUCCUAGACUGCUCCAUAAUAAAUGACUGGAAAUGUUCAAAUGAAAGCAUGGUGUGGUGGGAAAAAAGAACAUAGACUGGGAGUCAUAGGAACUGAGUUCAAACCCCACCAGCUCUGUCAUUUACUCCCUCUAAACAUUAAAAAGGCACUUAAGGGGCAGCUAGGUGGCGCAGUGGAUAGAGCACUGGCCCUGGAGUCAGGAGGACGUGAGUUCAAAUCUGGCCUCAGACACUUAACACUUACCUCUCUAGGUCUCAGUUUCUUAAUCUGGAAAAUGAUCAGAUUGAACUAAAUGACCUUCUAGCUCUAAAUGUAUAAUCCUAUGAAAAGGUAAGGUCAUGUUGGGUGCCAUUGUUAAUUAAAGCCAAAGCAUAAUUACUGAUCUGAGUAAAUAUGUAUAUGUAUGCAUGUACAUAUAUACAUAUAUUUAUGAAUGUAUACAUGCAUACAUAUAUAUAUCAGAGGCCCCAAGGGAAACUGAGGAAUUAUCCAUUGAAUUUAGCCAGAGAAUUCCUGAACAGGGGGGAAAUCACUACUAUUCAUAGUUCUCUGCCCUUCUAGAGGGUGUGGACUGGCUUAGAUCCAAGGAUUCUCCAAAUUAGCCUUAAAUAAGAAUCAAAACCAUGAAAUCUCAGACCUGUUCCGUCAUUUUUUUUAAAAAGUGGAUAAAGGAAAAAUAGAGCUAAGUAAUACACCUUUGCUGUAUCAUGUAGGAGACACCUACAGUGAGAGAAAGAAAAAGUAUUUGAGACCAUUUCUUUGUAAGGCUAAAACCAAUUACCAUAUUUUUACAUAAUUACAACAUCAAAUAGUAUGAAUUCUAAUACAUGUGACUACUUUAUUGGAUUCAUCAUUCAUACCAACCAAGACCUAGCUGUGCCUGCCCUGAACCAAAGAUAUUUAACAGAAUUCCUAAGGAAGGAGGAAAAAUUUCACUUCUGCCAAAAUUGUACUAGGCCUUGAAAAUAAGUUUAUUGAAUGUGGCUAAUAAAAGUGUCCCAUUCAAAUAGGCUACUCAAGUUCUUUUUAAGCUAAGAUUGUCCAAACUGGCUUAUGCUCAUUGGGUAGGGGUUUUGUUGUUGUUACCAUAAGCAUGAAAAGGGUUAAGGUUGGGAGGAAAGCAUAAAGGUAAGGGGCAAUUUGAUAAAAAUUAAUUUAGGAUAGUCUGUCCCUUUCAAUCUAGUCUUAAAUUAGUGAGCUACCCAUUCACUUAAAAUGGAUAAGAAAAGGUGAGAGUGAAAUUGUAGGAAUUAGGAGGGUGGGGAAAGGGUGUACUUUUUGACUUCUCAGUCACAAAACAAUAUAGAGGAAGGGAGGGAGCACAAAAGGAGAAGGAGAGAUGUUGACUUUGGUGCUUUGUGGUCUAGUUCAAAACGGUUGUGCCUUGCAGGGGGGAGGAUAAGAGAUACUGAAAAUGGUCAUUUUUAGCUUUCCUGAAUUCUUGAUACAUGGGCCUUGCUUUUCCCAACGGAAGGAGAAAGAGGGGAAAUCUGAGCCCAGGGCAGAGCCAGGAAUUCUGUGGUUUCUCAUUUCAGUGUGAAUCUUGACUUCGUCCUUCUCUGUAAAAUAUGUCAUGGAAUCCUUCUGCCCUGAAUGUAGCCCAUAGGCAAAACAGAGAUGGGAAGGGGGGAAUGGCUUAUUCAAUCUCCUAGGACUGUUGACAAAAUAUACUAAUCAUAUCUGAAACAGACUUUGGAUAAAGCGCUAUACACUGCCAAUGCUGACUGUUUUAUUGCCCAUUUCAAACAAACCAACCUCUAAAAGUUCUGGGUUUUCCAAUAUUUGACUCUUCAGGCAUCAUUUGCCAGCUUAUGAGACUGGAUUCUCCUGCAGGAUUCAUAGAUGAAAAUAUUAAAUGCUUGUUACCUUACUAUUACUUAAUCUUAUACAGGAACAAAUAAGUCAUCAGUUAAAAGAAUCCAUUGCCUGGAAAGAUGGGUAGGGGAGCUGCCCUAGUGAAUAAAAUCCAUCCUCAAGAACCAAACACCACCCCUUUUUCUUCCCAAGGAUUUUGCUUUAGAGAUAUGGUGGCCUGACUUCCUCUGCUAUCCUCUACUUUCCAUACCUUACUGUCUGAGUGAUUGCAAAAUACAAGGAGUUACCAACCAUUGCAGAGCUUCACUUGUGUUUCAUUGGUAACUACCAUCCUCAGAGAAUCAAGGGCACAGGUGUAGAGGAUAUAGAUGUCACUGUGGUUGGGGUUUCAGUGGGGAGGAAGGGGUUGGAAUCUGGAGGCAACCAACCCUUUUGAGAGUAACCUAUUGGAAAACAACUUCCUGUGGCCUAAAACUGCUUAUACUUGCUAGUCAUUCCUGGAUCCUUGCCGAUUGGAAGGACUCUAAGCUUGGGUCCUUGAGACCCUAUGGGAACAAAGGUAUCAUAAAUGAGAAACGUGGUGAUUUCUGUGUGUUUACAAAAACCUUUGCUCCAUUUUUGCAAUCAAAAGCCCCUGCCAAUGAGGGGAGAGAAACUAUGACUCCAGCUGCCCUAAUGGCUGGGUGGCACUGCCAACAACCACUCACUCAGGGUGAAUGGUGACUGCUGCUGGGUGAGUGGGAAGGAAUGUAUACACCAUUCAUUCCACUCCCUAGAUAUGAACUCCUACAGGGAGUCUGGAAUAGGUAAACAUAUUUGUAGGCUUAUCGGUUUUUUUGUAUUUAUUUGUAAAGCCGUGUUAGGAUUUCCCUUAGUUUUCUAAAAAAAAAAUCUAGGGACCAUUUAAAAAUUGUAAAUAAAACCAUGGGGAGGGGACAGGGGAGAUGCCCCUGACAUUCACAUAUGCACCAAAAAAAGAAAAUAUUAUAUUAAUACUUGUUCUUUAAGUACUAUGAGAUCUUCAAUUGUUUCAUUAAUUGUUAUUGUGAAUAAAAUUUUCCCAGAGAGCCUGGAAUCUGGGCAUAGGUAUCUGGAUGUGUUUUUUUUUUUUUAAAGGUUUUUGUUUGUUUGUUUUUAAGUGUGAGAAAUCUGUACAGGAACAUAGAAAAACUGGCCAUGUUUUCUGUGAUACGAUUAAGUUUCUUCCUCACUUUUAACAACUUAGAAGCUAGAGGAGGACAAAAAACAAUCAUUUUAAGAUAAUUUCCAGUCAUCAAAGACCAGUGUAAUGGCUCCCAAUAGGAGCCAUUCUACAAGGGACAUACUGACACUGAAACAUUCGACUGAUUCAGUUUUCCUGCCAAUUUGCUCACUGGUAGAUUCAGAAAACAAAUCUAGAUCACGCUCCAAUCUGGACUUCAUCCUUUCUGCUCUAUCAGAAAGCCAUUAUUGUGGAAAGUGAGGGUAGGGAGGGGAGAUGAGGGGAAUGGAGUGAAUGGCAAGAGAUAGAGAUCAAGUAAAUAAAGAUAAUCCCAUAUCAUGAGGCUGAAUGUCUCUAUCUAGCCUGGCACUAGCUGGGCAUGUUGGCACUCAGUAAAUCCUUGACUGACUAAUUGAUCGAUACUGCCAUCAGUAAUAGAUCCACAUUUUAGAAUGCUAUGGUGACUGUUAUCCAUGCCAUCCAUCAGAAGGCUAAGUCUGUGCUGUCAUUGUGGUCUUUGAACAUGAAGCUAGCAAAACCAACAUCUCACUCACCAAACUUAAGCCAUAUCUCUCAUCUCUGUGUCUCAUCAUUUUUUUUUUAAUUUUUGUUUUUUUGACCCUGGUGCUUUGACUUCAAUAUUUGCCAAACAGUUCAGUCUGCUCUGUCGGGGGAAAAAAAUGACUGGAAGGUAGAACAAGAGUGAGAGAUGUGACAACUCUGAACACAUUUCCUUCAGAAUGAGAGCCAACUACCAAGGGAAGGUACAGGUUUGAGGAAAAACAGAUGGACAAAGACUGAUCUGUAUCGGCACGCACAUGAAGACAGUGUGUGAUAUCUAUGUCGGUGUUAGAGUCCAUAUGCAGAAUAUAUCAGAGAAACAUAAAGCGAGGCCGUGCAGUGGAAUGGUGACGGUUAGUCAGACAACCUGGCUUCUCAUCCCAGGCCCACUGUGCAGCCCUGGGCAAGUUGUCCUUGCCUCCCCAAGCCUCAGUUUCCUCAUCUGUAAAAUGGGGAUAAUGAUACUGGUACCUACCUACCUCACAGGGUUGUUGUGAGGAUCAAAUGAAGUGAUGUGAAUGCCCUAUAGAAAUGUAAUCUAUUAUUAUCAUCAAUUUACAGAGAUCACUUCAUCUCUCAAGGCCUCAGUUUCCUAGUAUGUAAAAAUGAAGGCGUUUGGCUGGAUGAACUCUCUACGGUUCCUUCCAGCUCAAUAAUCUAUGAUUUUGUGCUCCUUGACCUACAAAUUUCCAGUUCGGCCAAUGUUCUAAUUUGGAAAAUAAUGUCUAGUGAUUUAAAAUCACUAUGAACUGAUUGGAGCUAAAGAGAACCAACGAACUACUGCUCAAGUGGGAGCUAGUUAUUUACUUUUCAAAUACAUCAAAGCAAGGGGCUCCAAGCCUAAGACAUCCCAGUGACUUUAUUGUUUGAUUUAUUCUACUGAUUGGGGUCAGAAAUAGCUUUGCAUUUGAAUUAUUAAUAAUUUAUUUUGCAGACACAUAGUGACAGUUUAGAUUAGUCAGGGAGAACUGGAUUCAAAUCCAUCUUCCAACACUUAACUUGCUGUGUGACUCUGAGGAGUGCCUGUGUUUGUGGAGGGAAUCCUCACACUGGGAUUUCCCUCCUUCCACUGAUAAAAUCCCUUAUCUUCAGACCCUUCAGUGAAUGCCAAGUUGGUUCUGGGAAUUUGAGGUGGGCAGUUCUGAAUAUACAUAUAAGAGGCUUAUCUAUGUCUAAGGAGGUUUCUCCAUAUGGACCAUAACACAUAUACAUAGAAAUACACUCAAUCACAUUAGACUUUGUUAACAAUCAAUUAAAAAAAAAAAGGAAAAACAACAAUGAAAAAAUGCCACUCCACAGUAUUGAUCAAUAGCUCAAUAUUUUCAAGGUGCAAAAGAAUUCCACAGCCUUAAUUAUUUCAGUGUCUUGCUGGUCUGCCUUAAGUGUAUCUUCUGUUUUAUGGUAAUUUUUUUUUUCAUUUUGUAUACAUACAAUGUCGUUUUGUAAAGGUAGGUUGUAAAUAUUUUAUUUGUAAGUCAGAUCCCUCAUGUGUCAUGUUGUAAAGUGGUGAUCUGAUGUCAUGUUUAUGAUUAAAAACAGUCAAUGUUACAAGCUGCAAAUGAAGCUUCAAAAUGUACAUCUCAUGUGUUACUGCAUUCCUAUAAAUAUACUCUACUAAA